GGCGGACUUCGACUCGCUUCAACUUCCCCUGUCGCGUUCCAGCGUUCCUGAGUGUCAAUUCAGAAGCGGCUGGUAAAGUUGCCGAUAUAUUCCAGAAUGUCCCUUCCGCCCUCUUUCUCAGCGGCAUUCCGAAGCCUGUCCCUGACAGCUUCAAAACGAUCGUUCUCUACAACACGACCAACGCAGAAACUCCCAAAAUUACCGGACUACAUCCCACCUUAUCCUUAUAGCCCGAAUUAUACGUACCGGCAAUCAAACACGGGCCUUUACGGAGGAACAACAAUCCAAUUCGGAAACAAGAUCUCCCAGGGCCGGAACGAAGGGAAAACGCGACGGUUCUGGAAACCCAACGUUCGACGAAAGAAGAUAUGGAGUGAUGCACUGGAGGACUUCCUUUUUAUCAAGGUUACAAGAAAGGCUUUACGAACCAUCCGGAAGGCAGGGGGCCUCGAUAAUUACUUAUUGGACGACCGACCUGCGCGAAUCAAGGAGCUGGGGGUCUUUGGAUGGAAACUCCGAUGGCAAGUGAUGCAGACGGACAAGAUUCAAGAACAGUUUCGAAAGGAAAGAAAGCGUUUAGGUCUGCCAGAGCCGCCGACAUUUGAAGAGUGGGUAAAGCAGAAGGAAGGGGAAAUCAAGACGCAAGUGGAGGAGCACACCAACAUUGCAGAACUCACGAAGCCGACCUACAACGAAAAGAACUACUAGCGACAAUUCACGAAGACAAUAUUCCCCGAGUGGCCGUUGGGUGUUUGUAUUAUAUCAUGAUUGCUGGACAUUGGUCCCGGAACUAUGGGACUUUUAGAAUCUGUCAGGCUUUUGCUCGAUUCCUCAUUAGCUUUUCCUCUUCUGGUGUAUUUAUACUCUAUGAGAUCAUAUUUUCUCUGCCAAUACUCAUAAAUAUUUACAAUAUCCA